ACGGCCAAUAGCCUGGUACUGCGUAAUAUAGGACGAGUACGUGUGGAUAGACAAAUUAACGUUCUAUAAGUUCACCUUUUAUUCCGUCGAAAGUCUAGUCUUUGCCAGAUCAAAAAAUUCACAUGAAUUUUGUACCAGUGAACAUUAUCGAUAAAAACGAUUUUAGCUUAUUUCUACGUACAAGAAUAUGCAAACUGAAUCGUUUUGAAUACAUACGAUUAUAGCUUGCAGCAUAUGAAUGUAAAUGCGUAUAUAUGUGUACGUAUAAACAUUGUUUUUGUAAUCAGCUGACCGCUACAGAGCGAUGCUGUAAGACUAUAAAAGGGUUAUAUACAUGAUCAAAAAUAUGCUACUUAUUAUAUGGUUAUUCUAAUUUCUAAAUACAAACUGCGUUUAUUAUAUUUUACAAACAGUUUUCUUGAGACUUGCCACCUUGCAAGAAUGGGUGUUUAUGGCCUUUGGCGUUUACUUGAUAAAACAGGAAAGCAAGUACCUCUAGAAACACUAGAAGGAAAGAUCUUAGCUAUUGAUAUAUCAAUUUGGAUUCAUCAAGUACUACAAGGAUAUCAGGACCGCUUUGGUAACCCUAAACCUAAUGCUCAUCUCAUUGGUUUAUUUCACAGAAUUUGCAAACUUUUAUAUUAUAAAAUUAAACCAGUUUUUGUUUUUGAUGGAGGUGUGCCAAUGCUUAAGAAGAACACAAUUGCUUUACGGAGGAAACAGAAAUCUAUGGCCAAGAAUAAAGCCCAACAGAUGAGAACAGAAUUAAUAAAUAAUUUGAUAAAGCAUUCUACAGUGAAGACAGCUCUUAAUACAGAAAAACAAAAUACUACAAAUGACUCUCCUGAAAUAGUUAUAAAUUUACAAAGUAAACAGUCCACGGAUGAUAUGUAUAAAUUACCAAAUAUGCCAAGCACCAGUAAAAUGGAAUCAAGUCAAAACGAUGAUUUUAAUUCUGAUUCAUCUGAUGAACCAAGUCCAAGAAAACAAACAAAAUGGAUUGGAAAUAUUCAUAAUGUGGAUGUAACUAGUAAUGAAUUUAAAGCUUUACCAGCUGAUGUGCGUUAUGAAAUUCUAACAGAUCUUAAAGAAACAAGGAAACAAAGCUCAUGGGGCCGUUUGCACGAAAUGCCUGAAGAAUCAAAUGAAUUUUCUGGUUUUCAAAUGAAACGUUUAUUAAAACGGAGAUUUGUACAACAAAGUUUAGAACAUGCAGAGAAAGAAAUGGGAGGAAAAACUCUUACAUUAGACGAGUUAGAAAAAUUAUUAAAAGAACAGGGAAUACCUAUGAAUGUCCAAAAUUAUACUUAUCGUAUCGCUGCAGACAAUACAACAAGAUUAAUAUAUAUUAGUGAUAAAAACGCAUACCAUAAAGACAAUGAUAAUAUCAGUUCAAAUAGCGAGAGCAUACAAAAUAAUGAAAAUAGAAUGGAUGAAAUCACUGUUGGAUCUAGUAAAGCUGUACGAAUUUGCGAUGAUAUAAAUGAAUAUGAACUUAAUGAUGAUUGGGAAAGUGAUGUUGAAAUAACAGAUAUAAAUAAUUUUGAAUUUACGGGAGUAAGUAGUGACACGGAAUCGGAAGUAGAAUCCAAUGAAUCUCAGUUUUUAUCAAAAAAAUAUUUCAAACAAGACACUGCGAAUCCUGCAUUAACGUAUAUGUUGGAAUAUAGUGGAUUAACAGAAAAACAAAUCCUUAGUCUUCUUGAGAAAAAUAACAGAGAAGCUAACAAAGGUGUCGAAAAUGUGUCGAAAAUACCACAAGUCGAUUCACUUGAAGCAGAGCAGAGUGAAAAUAAAAGUAAUUCGUUAAAUGUCGAUCAUUUAAUUUCAGUAUCUGAGAAUAGUAAAGAAGAAACUAACAAAGGUGAUGAAAAUAAGUCGAAAAUAUCACAAGUCGAGUCACUUGGAGCAGAGCAGACUGAAAAUAAAAGUAAUUCGUUAAACGUAGAGCAUUUAAUUUCAGCAUCUGAGAAUAAUACAAAGGAUACAGAACAUGAUAGUACAAACGUUAAAUCAAUCGAUGCGUCAAGAUCGAAAUUAUCAGAAUCAAAUGCUAAUACAAACAUACCUUCUAUUAAAGCAGCAAAUAUUUCAAAUAAGACACAAGUUGGAUUGAAAAAUACAAUAACAGUUAGUUCGGACUCGGACACAGAUGACUUUUUAGAAAUAGAAGAUGUACCGAUACCAAACAUAGCUACCGCUACCAAUAAAUAUGUUCCACAAAAUAUUCAAAUAACUUUUAAAUCCGACGAAAAAGUGGAGGAUGAUAUGUUUGCCGAUGUAUUUGAAAGGCACGAUAAUGAAUUAAAUGCAGAUUCUGUACCAUCAUCGAAAAUAUUUUAUGAUCAAGAAAUGUCAAAAAACAAACAAACUUCCAAAGAAACAGUAGCAGAUUCAAUAAAAGACCAAGUCGAUAAGAAAUUAUUCAAUUUAAGAGAAACUAAUGAUAUCAAUGUACCAUCUAUCGAUGUCGAUUCGGAUACUUUAAAUACGAAUGUACCAUUAAAAGAAAGUCAAAUGAGAAACGAAAUUAACAUUGAAAAUAUAACUCUUUCUCUCAAAGAUACUACAGAAGCUGCAAAUAUUAAAGAUAAUACAAGUAACGGAGUGACCAAUCGUACGAAAAGAAUAAGUCCUAUACCUAUGAACGAAGACGAAUUACUAUCGUUACAAGCAGAAUUAGAGGAGAAGCAAACGGCAUUAAUGGCAAAUAUUGGUAAAUUAGAAAGACAAGGUAUCGAUAUUUCUGACCAAAUACGAAUCGAAGCUCAGGAAUUGUUACGAUUAUUUGGAAUACCAUAUGUUGUAGCACCUAUGGAAGCAGAAGCGCAAUGCGCAUACUUAGAACAAAUUCAUCUUGUUGACGGUACGAUUACAGAUGAUUCAGAUAUUUGGCUGUUUGGCGGACAAUGCGUCUAUAAAAAUUUUUUCGACAACAACAAAAAGGUUCUUGAAUUUCGUUCCUGUGAUAUACAAUAUUAUUUUAAAUUAACGAGGAACGAAAUGAUACGACUUGCCCUCUUGGUCGGUAGCGAUUAUACAACAGGUUUACCUGGCAUUGGUCCUGUUACUGCCUUAGAAAUAUUAGCGGCAUUCCCUUCAGAAAACGAAAAUUUAUUGCAAGGUUUAACGAAUUUUUGUUCUUGGAUUGAAAAUGGUAAAACCGCUGGUCCUGGAAAAACAAGUCUGCGAAACAAGUUACAAAACUUAAAAAUUCAAAAAGGCUUCCCGAGUCAAGCUGUUGUUCAAGCAUAUCUUUCGCCUAAAGUGGAUGAAUCAAAAGAGACUUUUACUUGGGGUAAACCUAAUAUUAUACUUCUAGCUGAUUAUGCAAAACGGAAAUUUGGUUGGGACAAAAAUAAAUAUGAUAAAAUUAUAGCACCAGUAUUGAAAAGAUUAGAAGAAAAGCAAAUUCAAAAUAAAAUAAGUGCGUAUUUUAAAUUACAAACCGUUCCGAAAUCAAUUGAAAUGAAUUUAAGUAAACGAGUUCAGAAGGCUGUGCAAAGAUUAAACAAUGAAAAUGAGGAAGAUAGUACAAAUGUAGAAAAUAUACAACAAUCAAUUAAAAAAAAGAAAUCUUCGGAUGGAAGCCAAAAGAAAAGAACAGAAUUGAAAAAUGAUGGAUCUGUAAUUGAUUGUACUAAAUCUAAAGUUUUUAUUCAUAACGAGAAAAAUGUCGAUGAAUAUAUACCACAAAGAGAAAAUGAUAAAGCAAACGCCUUGAAAAAUAAAUUGCAUGCAAUCGAAGUACUUCGAAAAUCGAAACAAGGGUUAUGUAAAACGAAAAAAAUAAAGCGUUAUGUAAGAAAAGUGAAGAAAGAAGCCGAACUUUCAGAAAGUGAUAGUGAUAGCUCGUAAUAUUAUUUAAUGUAAUUUAAAACAAAUUAAUGAAAUAAUUAAAUUGAUGUAAAUAAAU